AUGAACGUCGCCCUUCGGUUUCAGGCAAUUUCUCGCCGCGCCAGCCUUGGCUGCUCCUACAAUGCCUGGCGUCGCACGCCGCUGCGGAGCUACUCCAGUGCUGCUUCGCCUUUGAGUGAUACGCUACCCCUGUCGGGUAUUCGAGUGCUUGAUAUGACCAGAGUGCUGGCUGGUCCGUACUGCACUCAAAUUCUUGGUGAUCUGGGAGCGGAUGUCAUCAAAGUGGAACACCCCGUGCGUGGUGACGAUACUCGAGCCUGGGGCCCGCCAUAUGCCCAAUACGAAGACCCAUCUAAGACCGGACCGGGCGAGAGCGCCUAUUAUCUGGCCGUCAAUCGCAACAAGAAGUCCCUUGGAUUGUCUUUCCAGCACAAGUCAGGCGUUGAGAUUCUUCACAAGCUUGCCAAGGAAUGCGACGUCCUAGUCGAAAAUUACUUGCCCGGGGGCCUGAAGAAAUAUGGAAUGGACUAUGAAACUCUACGAGAAAUCAACCCCAAGCUUAUAUAUGCCAGUAUCACCGGUUAUGGCCAAACUGGACCGUAUAGCAACCGUGCUGGCUACGAUGUCAUGGUGGAAGCCGAGAUGGGCUUGAUGCACAUCACCGGAGCGCGAGAUGGUGCGCCUGUCAAGGUCGGCGUGGCAGUGACUGAUCUGACCACUGGUCUCUAUACAUCCAAUGCUAUUAUGGCAGCCUUGCUUGCGCGUGCUCGCACAGGCAGGGGACAGCAUAUUGACGCUUGUCUCAGCGACUGCCAAGUCGCAACAUUGUCGAAUCUGGCUAGCUCUGCCCUUAUCAGUGGCAAGAAGGACUCCGGCCGAUGGGGUACUGCGCAUCCGUCGAUUGUCCCUUACCGAAGCUACAAGACACUGGAUGGCGACAUUCUUUUUGGUGGCGGCAAUGACCGACUCUUUGGCGUGCUAUGUGAUCGUCUAGGCUUCCCUGAGUGGAAGACCGAUGCUCGCUUUGUCACUAACAGCGACCGCGUGCAGCAUCGUGCUGAUAUUGAUGGGAUGAUUGAAAGUACAACCCAACAGAAGACGACUAAGCAGUGGUUGGACAUCUUUGAAGGCAGUGGAAUGCCAUAUGCGGCAGUUAACGACAUUCAAGGAACACUGAACCACGAACACGUGAAAGCCCGAGGCAUGGUAACAGAGGUUGACCACCCGGCUUGUGGUCCCAUUAAGUUGGUCAACACUCCUAUCAAAUACUCUGAGGCGACACCCGGCGUUCGUACUCCUCCCCCAACCCUUGGGCAACACACCAAUGAGAUUUUGGGUGAAAUCUUGGAAUAUAGUGAGGCGGAUAUUGCGCGGUUGAAGGAGGAAGGUGUGCUGUCAUAG